GGCUAGUGUAUCGUUUCUUAUUGUUUAGAUAUAAUUUUUCUUAUUUUAUGAUUGUUAGGAAGGACAUAAUAUAUAUCUGAGAAUUAUUCUACUCUUUGCUUUUUUAUUCAAUUUAUCUAUUUCAUGACGUUUCGAAGGACACGUCAUUCAUCGUCAGGUUGUUACGAAUAAAAUAAAGAUAAAAUUGAUUCACAAAUGAGGAACAUAUCUAUAAUUGUAUCUUUAUAUAUAAGUACAAAAAUUAACUCAACUCUCUCUUUUGUUUUUUUCUUUUUCAUUUUCAACAGUGGAACGGACGAAGAAGAAAAGAGGAAAUAUAUUUUCUUUUUGUUUCAGUGUUACCGUCUCGUUGACGUUCGUUCCACUAUUGAAAAUUAAAAAGAAAAAGAAAAGAGAGAGUUCAAUUUUCGUACUUAUAUAUAUACACAAUUAUACGUGUGUUCCUUAUUUGUAAAUCAAUUUUAUCUUUAUUUUGUUUAUAACAACCUGUUGAAGAAGGAUAUGCCCUUCAAAACGUCGUGAAAUAAAUAAAUUGAACAAAAAGGUGAAGUAAAACAAUUCUCAAACAAAAAAAAGUUUUCUUAUGAGCAAUACAAUCAUGAUUGAUCCUGAUAACUUGAAAUGUGGUCAAAUAGAAGCGAAAUUAAAAUUAAAGGAAUUUAUUUUAACAAAAAAUAUUAAAGGAAAUUGUGAAAAGUGGUUAAACGAUAUUUCUUUAGUCGGAAGAACAAAUGAAAAUGAUGAAGAAGAAAUUUUUGAAGGGUAUGCAGCAUGCAAUUACUGUUAUUCAACAUAUCGAACUCACAGCACAAAAGACAAACAUGGUCAAAGAAAGAAUUAUGGUCUUAAAUCUAUACAUCAACAUUUAAAAGAAUGCUCAUACAAAUCUAAAAAUCAAGCAUCUAGAAUUGCAUCAUCAUCAACAACCAAUAUUUUACCACAAGGACCACCAUUACGUCAAGCAUUGAUACCAAAAUUUACUUAUAAUAAAAACAAAAUUUCAAAUAAAUAUCAAAAUAAAUUAAAAGAUGCGGAGCUAAAGUUCGUUGUUGCUGGAUCACAUAGUUUAAAUUCACUUGAGAAUGAUGGUAUGAUUGAACUGUUACAAUUGGGUAUUGAAAUUGGAAGUCAUUAUGGAAUGUUAGAUGUACAUGAUAUUUUUUAUGGUCGUAAAACAAUUCGUGAAUAUUUAUUAAUAAAAUUUGAUUCAUAUCUUAAAACAAUAAGAAAUGCUCUCGAUGAACCAAUAAAAGAGCAUUGUUUGGCAGCAACAUGUGAUUUAUGGACUGAUGAUUUUACUAAAAGAUCUUAUUUAGAUAUUACUGUAUUUUGGACAACUAAAGAGUAUGAAUUAAAACAUUCAUUGCUGAGAUGUAAAUAUUUCGAAGAAGAAUCAAAAACAGCAGUAAAUAUUUGGAACGAAUUAAAAAUCAUUUUUGAUUCAUUCAAUCUAUCUUAUGGUGAUACACCAAUCACGACUGAUUCUGGUUCGAACAUAGUUGCUGCAUUCAAAAUUACAGAUGAAACAAGAUUACCUUGUAUGGCUCACCGAUGUAAUACAGUACUUCAAAUAGCUUGGGAUGAAACAAUAAAAACGCACCACGAUUUUGAGAUUUUUUGCAAUUGCAUAAAAGAUUUGAGAAAAUUUAUUAAUCAAACCAGUGGAAUACAAGAUAAAUUACCAAAGUCAAUUAAAUGUAAUAGUGGAACUCGUCCAUGGAGAUCUUAUUUUACAGUGCACGAUUCACUGAAUGCUUCAUUUACAACAUUAACACAAAUUUUAAGUGCACGAAAUGAACAACAUCGUAUUUUUUAUAUUAAUACAGUUUUAUUGCUUGAUAUUGUUGAUUUAAUGGAACAGUUUUCAUUAAUAUUUGAUUAUUUAGAAUUUUCUAAUUGUCCUACAUUGCAAAAUGUAGUGCCGAGUUACUACAAGAUGGUCAGUUAUUGUCAAAUCAAAGUAAAUACACAAGAGAAACAAAUAAUCAACACAUUGAAAUCUGUAAUACUGAAGGCAUUGGGUGAUAAAUAUUGGUCUUCUAUUACACUAUUACAUUGGAUUGCCACAUUUUUAGAGCCAACAUUCAAGUCUUUAACAUUUGUUCACGACAAAAAAGAUCGAGCAAAACGUUAUAAUGAAAUACAGAAAAGAUUACAUGUAUUAGCUGGUGAUGUGUUGACAACUUCUGAUGAUGAUCAACAAAUAUUAAUUCCACCAACUGAUCCUAUCAGUUCAUCUUCACCACCUCAAAAAAAACACAAAAAUGAUCCUUUUGUUGAUAUUCGUCAACACGUUGCAGCAAAUCCAUCUCCAUCGUCAUCAAAAACAACAUUGGAAUCGUUAAACAUUGAACUUGAUCGGCAACUUCGGCUAUAUAACAACAUGACAUUAAAUAAUAAUUCUGAAUAUGACAAUAAUCCUUUGUUAUUUUGGAAACAACAACAAGAUCAUUUAUCAUUGUUGGCUAAAAUAGCCAGAUCAAUUAUUGCUAUACAAGCAUCAUCUAGUGAAAGUGAACGACAUUUCUCAAUAGCUGGUAGAGUAGUCACUGAACAACGAAGUAAUCUUGAUUCUGAUUGUGUUGAAGCCUUAGUUGUGCUAAAAGAAGCUUAUCUUAAUAAUUUAUGGCCUAAAGAAGAUUGA